AUGUCGGGUGACUACAUCAAAUCCUACAACGAGUGGCCCCCUCCCUGCUCCAUCACGGAUGAUAUCUCCAUUCACUUCGAGCUUUGUUGUAGAAGGAUGAAGGCAUUGUUUUUAUGCAACUAUGAGAUAUAUGAUGGAUUGCUUGCUAGGAAUCUAAAUUGGACAUCGCAGGCAGAUAUGUGUAGAGAUCGCUUGAAGAAGCUUAACUCAGAGCAUGGAAAGGUCCAGCUUGGAAACAUAACUGUGGAUAUGGUCCUUGGUGGAAUGAGAAGGAUGAUUGGAAUGCUUUGGGAAACAUCCCUACUCGAGCCAGAGGUCAACACCACCAAGAUUGUGCUGAAGCUGCAGUGCCAGAGCUGCAAGUACUACUCACAGAACCCGAUCAAGGUUCUUCGUGCAGAAAAGGAAGCACCUGAGAAGAUAGCAAGCAGCAGUGACAGGACUUUUGUUCUUAGAUAUUCGAGGGGGAUCCUGCGCCACAUCUCCCACAAGUACGCGAAGCAGGGCAACCCGGACCUGAUCGGCACGGGCACUUUGGAGCGCGCGUCCAUCGAGCAGUGGCUGCAGACGGAGGCGCAGAGCUUCGACUCGCCCAGCGCCGAGAUGGUCUACAGCCUCGCCAUCCUGCCGCCCACCCCUCCCAGGCAGCAGAACGACAACAACGGCACCGGCACCGGCAGCGGGUUCAAUGCCAGGGACAUCGCCGUGGGCAGCAACGCCGACGCGUCCAGCGGCAAGCGCGGUGUGGCUGGGACACAGCAGCCGGUGGCGAGCCAGAGCCAGGUGAGCCCGCAGAAGGAGGAGGAGAUGCUGAAGCUGUUCGAGCAGAGGAAGAAGGACCUGGAGAAGCUGCUGGACAUCUACGAGCAGCGCCUGGAGGAGGCCAAGUUCCUGGCCGGCGACAACUUCACCAUCGCCGACCUUUCGCACCUGCCCAACGCCGACCGCCUCGUCUCCGACCCGCGCUCCCGCCGAUUGUUCGAGUCCCGCAAGAACGUCAGCAGGUGGUGGCACGACGUCUCCAUCCGCGACACCUGGCAAUACGUCAAGAGCCUGCAGCGCCCGCCGUCCACCGACGCCAGCGCCAAGAACGCCCAGGGCCAGCAGCAGCAGCACCUGCCGGGAUCCACCGACGGCCACGGCGUGAAGAGUCACCAGCAGGUCCAGAACGAGCGCCACUUCUAG